GGAGGGCCGGGCUGGCAGCCAUGGAGGACGCCGAUUACUUCGAGGGCAGCGCGGCCGAGUGGGGCAGCGAGGCGGACGGGGGCGCGCAAGAUGAUGAGGAUGGGGAGGGAGAGGAUGAUGCCGAAGUCCAGCAGGAGUGCCUGAAGAAAUUUUCAACCCCUGACUAUAUAAUGGAACCGUCUAUAUUUAACACGUUAAAGAGGUAUUUCCAAGCAGGAGGAUCUCCAGAGAAUGUUAUUCAGCUCCUCUCUGAAAACUACACUGCAGUGGCACAGACUGUCAAUUUGCUGGCAGAGUGGCUCAUUCAGACAGGUGUUGAGCCAAUGCAAGUUCAGGAGACUGUGGAGAACCACUUGAAGAGUUUACUGAUCAAGCACUUUGACCCUCGGAAAGCAGACUCCAUCUUCACAGAGGAAGGAGAGACUCCAGCCUGGCUUGAGCAAAUGAUAGCACAUACCACGUGGAGAGAUCUUUUUUACAAAUUGGCAGAAGCCCAUCCUGAUUGUUUAAUGCUUAAUUUUACUGUGAAGCUUAUAUCUGAUGCUGGGUAUCAAGGGGAAAUAACCAGUGUUUCAACAGCAUGUCAGCAACUAGAAGUAUUUUCCAGAGUCCUGCGUACAUCUCUGGCAACAAUUUUAGAUGGAGGAGAAGAAAACCUUGAAAAAAACCUCCCUGAGUUUGCUAAGAUGGUGUGCCAUGGAGAACACACGUACCUGUUUGCUCAGUCCAUGAUGUCCAUGCUGGCGCAGGAGGAGCAGGGCGGCUCCGCCGUGCGACGCAUCGCUCAGGAGGUGCAGCGAUACGCCCACGAGAAAGGCCACGAUGCCAGUCAGAUCACCUUAGCACUGGGUACUGCAGCCUCCUACCCCCGAGCUUGCCAGGCUCUGGGGGCAAUGCUGUCCAAAGGAGCUCUGAAUCCAGCAGAUAUCACUGUCCUCUUCAAAAUGUUUACAAGCAUGGACCCACCUCCAGUAGAACUGAUUCGAGUGCCUGCAUUUCUGGACCUCUUCAUGCAGUCCUUGUUUAAACCAGGUGCUAAGAUCAACCAGGAUCACAAGCAUAAAUAUAUCCACAUACUGGCAUAUGCAGCUAGUGUUGUAGAGAUGUGGAAAAAGAACAAGAGAGUCAGCAUCAACAAGGAUGAACUCAAGUCGACCUCAAAAGCUAUUGAGACUGUUCACAACCUGUGUUGCAAUGAGAACAAAGGGGCAUCAGAGCUGGUUGCAGAACUGAGCACUCUUUAUCAGUGCAUCAGGUUCCCAGUGGUGGCCAUGGGCGUGUUGAAGUGGGUGGAUUGGACAGUGUCAGAGCCACGGUACUUCCAGCUGCAGACUGAUCACACCCCAGUUCACCUGGCACUGCUGGAUGAGAUCAGUACAUGCCAUCAGCUGCUUCAUCCCCAAGUUCUGCAACUUCUUGUCAAGCUCUUUGAAACAGAACAUUCUCAGCUGGAUGUGAUGGAGCAGCUGGAGCUGAAGAAGACUCUCCUGGACAGGAUGGUUCACUUGCUGAGCCGAGGGUACGUCCUGCCCGUCGUCAGCUACAUCCGCAAGUGCCUGGAGAAGCUGGACACAGACAUCUCCCUCAUCAGAUACUUUGUGACAGAGGUGCUUGAUGUGAUUGCUCCUCCAUAUACCUCAGACUUUGUACAGCUUUUUCUUCCCAUUUUGGAGAAUGAAAGUAUUGCAGGCACUAUAAAAACAGAAGGUGAACAUGAUCCUGUCACGGAGUUCAUUGGUAAGUCACGUUCAUGCCUUGCAUACCUGCUUCCAUUUGUGUUUGCUACAAUUUGCAAAUAAUGUUCAGGAGGAAGAUUGCUGAAAUAGGAAUGCUUGCCAGCUAUUUUCACAGACAACUUCCUUUUUAGGGGCCUGCGUUUAGCAAUUUUCCUGUAAUCGAGAAUCUGUGGGUCGUAGCAAGGAAAGUGAAGAUAAAUACUGCUUUUUGGGAACUAGCACUGCAGCAAGGAAAGGAGAGGAAGGAAAGUUGUCUGUCAGAUUAUUAUACUCCAUCCUGAAACAUAAACUUCUAUCCAGACUCUAAAAUCCUAAUUCUUUACAUAAUGCAGA